AUGAUGAUAAGAAGAGUGGCAUGUAUUAAUAAGGGAAGUAUCCGUUUAAUAUCCAAGUCAGCUAUUAGACACAAUGUUGCUUCAACUACAGCUGAAGCAAACCCUCAAACCAAGAAGAAAUUUUCAUGGUUUGGAUUCCUUUUUAAAACUGGUUUAUUGGUAGGUACUGUUUAUGGUGGUACUUUAUAUGUUGCUACUAAGAAUGAUAAAGUUAUGGAUUUUGUUGUUGAUCAAAAAUUACCAUAUCAUGAAGAAUUAAUUGAUAUAAUUGAAACUACCACUUGGCAAGAUGUUACUGAUUCCUUUGAUUCUAUUAAGAAUAAACUUACUGGAGCUAAAUUACAAAAAGAAUUUGAAGAGCUUACUGAAAGAAUCGAAAAAGGAAGUGAAGAUCUUAUCAAUGAAACUAGAAAGAGAUUAGGAGGUGCUGCUACUUCUACUAAGGCUCCUUCUACACCUACCAAAGGUACUGAUAUAACUCCAGCUCAACAAUUACAAAAGCCAGUUGAAAUUGAAUCAGUUAAGAAGACAAGAGAUAUUACUCGUUUACCUUUGAUUGAAUUAAAUACUGAAAUUGCUCAAUCUGUUGAUGAACAUGUUAAAGGUACCGUUGCAUCUUUUAAUAAAUUUAUACAGGGUAUUGAUGCUAGUGCUGUUAGUUCUAGUAAUGCCAACUUGAUUAAAACUGUCAAUGAAAAUAUUACUGAAUUAGCCCUUAAAUUAAAUGCAUUGACUAAAACUUUUGAUGACGAAUUACAAAGAAAAUUAAAGGUUUCUCAAACUGAUUUAUAUUCUUCAUUUACUAAGAAGGAAUUAGAAUUGACUGAAAACUUAUUAGAACAAUUCAAUAAGGAAAAAUCACAAUUAGAAACUAAAUUAAAUGAAAAAUUACUUCAUGAAAUCCAAGCUGCUAGAGAAGCUAUUACUCAAGCUGCUACUAAUGCUGUAUCCAUGGUUAGAAUUGAACAAACUAGGAAAUUCGAAAAAUUGAUUGUUGAUAAGAUUGAUCAAGAAAGAAAUGGUAGAUUAGCUAAUUUAGAAAAAUUGAAUACAAGAGUUGAAGAUUUAGAAAAAUUUGCUGAAAGUGUUGAAACUCAACUUCAAUCAAAUCAUAAGAAAUCAUUAAUUCAACAAUCAAUUUCUAAAAUUAGAAGCUUAUUAUUAACUGCUCCAAAUUCAAAUGAACAACCAAAACAUUUACAACCAUUUGUUGAAGAUUUAAACUCUGUUUCUACUGAUAAUGAAUUAUUAAACUUGGCUUUGAAAGAUUUAACUCCAUUAAUUUCAAAUGAAUCUUCUCAAUCAAUCUUAACCACUCCACAAUUAUUAUCUCGUUGGGAACAAUUAGCCCCAGAACUUAGAUCUGCUUCCUUAUUACCACCAAAUGCCGGUUUAUUAGGACAUUUAUCUUCCAUUUUAUUUUCCAAACUUUUAGUCCCAGUCAAGGGGGUUAAAGAAGAUGGUAAAGAUAUCGAAUCAGUUAUUGCAAGAGUCGAAUCUAGUUUAGCAAGAGGUGAAUUGGAUGUAGCUGUUGAAGAAGUUGCUAGUUUAAAGGGUUGGUGUAGAAAACUUGCUGAUGAUUGGGUGGUUGAAGGUAGAAAAAGACUUGAAGUUGAGUUUUUACUUAAUUUGAUUGAGUCUGAAUCUAAAAUAAUGUAA